CGCUUAUGAGCUGCGGCUAUAAGUUAUAAAUACAUGUGUUAUAGUACUAGGACCAAAACAUUCUCAACAACAAACACUUCACUAAGGUUUUUGAUAUUCAACUAUGGGACCAAAUUAUGUUCAGUCUCUUGAGAACAAGACAAUACUCGUCACUGGUGCUUCCGGUUUCCUUGGUAAAGUUUUCGUGGAGCGAGUUCUGAGGUUGGAGCCAAACGUGAAGAGGCUUUACCUCCUCGUAAAAGCAUCCGACAAGAAAUCCGCAGAACAACGGUUACACAAUGAGGUUUUCGAGAAAGAUCUGUUUAGUGUGUUAAGAAAGAAUGUUGGUGAUCAUGAAAGUUUAGACGCUUUAAUCUCGGAAAAAGUUGUUCCUGUUCCAGGCGACAUAUCACUGAACUAUAUGGGAGUGAGUGACUCUAAUCUCUUACAAGAUAUGAUGCAAGAGAUCGACGUUGUUUUCAAUUCUGCUGCCACCACGAGAUUCGACGAAAGAUACGAUGCUGCUCUUCGAAUCAACACAUUUGGAGCACUCAAUGUCCUGAACUUUGUUAAAAAGUGCGCGAAAGCACAAGUGCUUGUCCAUGUCUCAACUGCUUAUGUUUGUGGGGAAAUAUCGGGACUCAUACAUGAGAAGCCUAUCGCUAUGGGAGAAACUCUUAACGGAAAAACCAAGGUAGAUAUCUAUACCGCAAUGCAACUGGUAGAGCAGAAAUUGAAACAACUCGGAGAACAAGGUUGCUCAGAAGAAGAAACUAAACAAGCCAUGACAGAUCUUGGAUUCAAAAGGGCAAAACUUUAUGGAUGGUCAAACCCAUAUGUCUUCGCCAAAGCAAUGGGAGAGAUGCUUCUUGGACACUAUAGAGAAAAACUAUCUAUUGUAGUCAUACGUCCAACAAUUAUCACAAGCACUUUCUCUGAUCCGUUUCCCGGUUGGAUUGAAGGCUUCAAAACCAUAGACAGUGUGAUCAUUUUAUACGGAAAGGGAAUGCUAAAGUGUUUUCUCAAUGAUCCUAAGACAAUAUGUGAUAUGAUACCGGUCGAUAUGGUGGCAAACGCGAUGAUCGCGACCGCAGCUGAACAUUUCGAUGAUUCGGGAAGUCAUACCGUUUACCAUGUCAGCUCAUCUUACCGGAAUCCGGUUAUGUAUAAACAGGUUUAUGAAAUGAUGGUUCGUUACUUUGUGGAAAACCCUCUGCUCGGUCGCAAUGGUAUACCUAUAUCCCCAAGCCUUACAGUGUUAUCGACAAGGGCUAGGUUCCGUCUCUACACGAGCCUUCGCUUUAAAUUACCUUUACAGAUAUUGGGAUUAUUUAGUACAGCUUUCCCAUCGAAAUUCGGAGAUAAAUACGAACAAAACAACCGUAAAUUCAAGAAGGCCAUGCGAAUGGUGAAAAUUUACGAGCCUUUUCUACUCUUCAAGGGCAUAUUUGAUGAUAGAAAUCUGGAAACGUUACGUAUCAAGAAUGAAGCCAAAGGGAUGGACAAAUUAUUCGGCUUCAACACAAAAUGCAUUGAUUGGGAAGAUUAUUUUAUGAAUACACAUAUCAAUGGCCUCGUUACACACGUGCUCAGGAAAUAAACUGCAAGUCUGCAAACACAAGUAUUAUAAAAAUUCAAAUCAGAAGAUAUUUGUAUUGUAUGGGUUAAGCCUACUAUACAUAAUCAAAAAAUAAUUAAUCGAUGGGAGUUCGAAAAGUAAUGAUGAUUUUGUUUAUGUUGUGACAAAAAAAAAUGCUAUCCUCUUUCCAUGUAAUAUCUUUUCUUUAUGUGUAAUUACAUAUUUUGAAUUUGUUCUUCUGUUUCGUUAAUUUAAAUUAGAUUAUAA